CAUAUGUAGGCCCAUAGGUAGGUAGUAUUGCUAUCAUAUACAUGCACAAAUCUAUUUUAGUAAAAAUAUGUUUCUCUUUAGAGUUCGUUCGUUCGUGGCUAUGAUAAAACUUCAUCCUUUCUCGAGGACAUAAUCUAGUCAAACCCUCAUCUUUAUCACCCCAGCUCUUUUUUAUGCGAAACCGGGUUUAUCAUAUAACUUGCGCCGUAUCUCACAAAACCACCUAUAAUAGAUCAUGGAUGCCCUUCCGCCCGGGAUUGACCUCUGUCAAGUGCCGGCCGGGACGCCUCCUGAUGGAGUACCCAAUUUCCUGAACCCGCCGUCACUGGGACCAGCGUUGAUUGGAGUUACGGCUACUAUGAUGGCGUGGACUGUUAUUUUCCUCGCUGGCCGGUUAUGGGUUAAUAGACACCGGUUUCAGCAAGCAGAUGCCUGUGCUAUCCUGGCCUUGAUAAUAUCAGCGGCUUAUUCCGGUAACAUCUUAGCUAUGACAAAAUAUAUGAGACAUCAAUAUGACAUCCCCGCUUGCUGGUUUAAUGCUACCUAUGUCAAGUUAACCUGCUCUAUGCAAAUACUCAUGCCCCUGUCGCACUCUUUAUCAAAAGCAUCCAUUCUACUCCUGCUAUUCCAGAUAUUCUCUAUCAAUAAAAGGUUCAAAAUCGCUAUAUAUAUCGGCCUCCUCGGCAUAAUUCUCGAUUAUGGGCCGAACUUGAUUCUUGGGCCAAUAUAUACAGUUCCUUACGCUGGCGAGACCUGGGAGGACCUUUUAACCAACGGCCGCCCACAGCAUCUCAAUAAGGUCGGCCUGGAGCAGGCAGUUCUAGCAGUGGUAAUAGACUUAUAUAUUUUCGUUUUACCAUUUCCGAUGUUGUCAUCAUUAAAUCUAGAUUUGCGGAAACGCCUCCAGUUGGUAUUCGUUUUCGGUACUGCGUUAAUGGGCGUUAUUGCUAGCGUAAUUGGACUUGCCUUACGCGUCCCUCUCUUAACGACAGAAGACCCAACCUGGCAACAGGGCAAGGUUUUUAUAUGCAUUAUGGUCGAGAUUUAUGUCGCUAUCAUAGUAUCUUGUUUUCCUGCUUUCGCCAAUUUUGCGAAGGCCCACAUUUCCGGAUCAGAUUUCUACAAGUCUUUGACUUCUCUCCUAUGGAGCCGCAGGAUUGACAAAAACGACGAUUCAUCUCCCCAAGGGACCUGGAGGAUGAGAACAACAUUUGGAGGAACUAAACCUCCAGGUACUACAAAGAAAAUACAAAGAGAUGGCAUCCAGUACUACGAAUUUCAUGAUACAGUGGGACUUAACUCUACGUGGACUUAUACUGCUACGAAUGAGGCGAGUGUUGUUGCUCUUGACGAAAGAGGAGGUCAAUUAUUCGAUAACCCCGAUUCAGGUAUCACGAGGGUCUACGAAGUUGAUCAGUCGUUCGGUGCUCGAGGGCUCGAUUUGGCUACAGAGCAAAGGGCACAGCAUGCACAAUAUACAGUUUAAUAAGUCUGGGACGGCGAGAGCAACGAAUUUGUCAGAUCAGUCAGCCAAUCAAUCAGAUCAUUGAAUGCUACAUGAAAAUCGUCCUAUUCCUAUCCUCCUUUAGAGCUACAUGACACCAUAGAGAACGCGCUUUAAUAGUUAUUGAUGAUCAUUCAGCCCUAUAAUUUCUCGGCGGCUUAGCUCUGUAUUGAAAUUAUAAGUAAUAACCGAUUCUAAAAAAUCGGUUGUAACUUUACUUGUGUAGUGUACGCAAGCUUCCCAACGUUAGGGUGCGGUCGUCAAGCUUACAUAGGUAGACAGCACAAGUACUAA